GGGUGGCACCUGCGGAGUAGGGGCACUCGCGAGUGCCACGCACACGUCUUUGUUCGUCCAGUUGUCUACCUCGCCUGCCUAAACGCACGCACGUUCUGCGAGACUCGCGGAGCCCUCUUCACAGCAGUCCGACCGCGUCGCGUCCCUUCCGAGCCCCGAGUCCCGAUGGCCAGCGACAGCCGCUCGCUCCCUGCUGGCGCGCAGUCUGACAAGCAGUGGCGUUGCCCGUCAUAGUAGACCGCUCCGCUGCAUCGUGGUGCUGCGCGCUAGGGUGUGGUCUUAUCAACGCAUAGCCCCAAUCUGUUCGCGGGCCGCGUGGCGAGCGCGCUAGGAGGUCAGCUCCCCGCUUACUCCCCCAGCGGGGCCGCGAGCGGCGGAAACGGACGCCCGGGCAUGGUGCUGGCUGACUGCAGUGGAUGCUCGACUUAGUGACCCUUCCGUACAGUCACCACCCGCCAGCGGACAGCACACGUGACGAAGCCAGCGCGGUGACCGCCGCGCUCGUCUGCUGGGGUCGAUCGGAGUGGCCUGGUUGUACAUUGCUACUGGCGCCCUAGUCCCCCUCUCGCCCAUCAGUGCGUAUCCCGGCAACGGGCGGAACUCGAAGCAUAGCGAGUUGCCGAGCCAAUGAGCGCGUCCGCGUUAUACGCCGUCAUGCUCCUCUGCUGAGGUUGAAACUCGUUGGAUGAUAGUAUACAGUUGUCGGUGGCGCAAAGCGUUGUUACUUCUGUAGUAUCCACAACCAAGCAUCGGACAGCACCGGACAGCACCGCUAGCCGCCAUGUCGGUGAGCACGUCGGCGCUGUACGCCAUCAUGUUCCUCUGCGCCGCCUUCGUCUUCUCCUUCCUCUUCCGCGUCCUCCGCGCGCUGCUGCUGCACCCCGCGCUGCUCGCGCCGCUCGUGCGCCGAUCCGACGGCCCCGAUUCCACCAUCAACGUGCGCACCGUGCUCGUCAUCAGCGCGGCUGCGGAGGACCCGCCAGCGCGCGCGGCGGAAGGGGAGGGGGCGCGCGGGGGAGGGGGGACAGUGGGGAAAGGGCUGGGGACGGACGAGAUAGCGAGGCACAGCGAUUUGAUUCGGUACAGAGAGGUGAAGGAGGAGCGGAGGGUAGAAGAGAGGGAGAUGGUAGUGGUUGAGAUGGGCGAGAGGGAGGAGAGAGAGCAGGUGGGGGGAAGUGACGAAGCGGCAGGAAGAGCGACUGGCGGGGAGGGUGAGAAGGUGCGAGUUGGGAGAGAGGGCGGAGUUGAGGUGGCAUGUGAGGCGGAGGGACAGCGCGAGACUGAUAGAGAAGUGGAGAAGGCAAGAGCAGCAGAGGCAGUGAGAGAGCAGGGCAGCGAAGGUGUUGUGUGGCGAGGGGGCUCAGGUGAUCCGUGUGAAUGCCUCGUGCAGACACAGGCGCAGGCACGGCAGGAGAAGCAUGGUGAGUGCGCGGAUGCAGACGCCUCCGCAGCAGUCUCACGAGAAGCAGGGGGAGCAGGGGCGGGAGGAGGAAGGGGAGCGGGGAAUGGUGUGGGGGGGGCGCUAGCGGUGGAGUGCUCGGUGUGUCUGGCGGAGUUCAGAGACGAGGAGAGCGUCAGGCGACUGCACUGCUGCCACCACAUGUUCCACCAGGCAUGCAUAGAUGGCUGGCUACAAGCCCACACCUCAUGUCCUCUCUGUCGCUCGUCCGUGGUGCCACCAAAGCACCACCACCAAUGCACAUCGUAAUGCGCGGAAAGCGCACUACGGUGGGUCGCGAAAAUAGCCCCGUUACAGCAGCAAUAUGAAGCAUUGUUUUGUUUAUUAAUCAGUGGUUUUCACUUCCAAGUUCAGAUGGUACAU